AUGUUUAGUCUUAACAGGGGCUUUAAUGAAACGCAGUGUAUGAGUGGCCAUUCGAAUUUUGUAUCUUGUGUGUGCACCAUACCUCCAAGUGACCUCUAUUCUCAUGGGCUGAUUGCAACUGGUGGCAAUGAUCAUAAUAUUUGCGUUUUCACACCUGACAACCCAACUCCUCUUUAUGUCCUUAAGGGUCAUGAGGACACAGUUUGUAGCCUUUCAUCUGGGAAAUUCGGCACAUUAUUGAGUGGAUCAUGGGAUACAACAGCCAAGGUCUGGUUGAAUGGCAGAUGUAUGAUGACAUUACAGGGUCACACAGCUGCAAUAUGGGCAGUGAAAAUACUGCUCGAACAGGGAUUAAUGUUGACAGGUUCAGCUGACAAAACUAUUAAACUGUGGAAGGCAGGCAGAUGUGAAAGAACAUUCACUGGACAUGAAGAUUGUGUGAGAGGCUUAGCUAUUCUCAGUAAAACGGAAUUCCUUUCCUGUGCUAAUGAUGCUAGUGUUCGAAGAUGGCAUAUCUCUGGCGAGUGUCUGCAGGUGUAUUUCGGACAUACAAAUUACAUAUACAGCAUCUCUGUCUUCCCUAAAUGUCAAGAUUUUGUAACUACUGGAGAGGAUAGAUCCCUUAGAAUCUGGAAAAAAGGGGAAUGUGCUCAAACAAUCAGACUUCCAGCUCAGUCUGUGUGGUGCUGCUGUGUGUUAAACAAUGGUGACAUCGUAGUUGGUGCAAGUGAUGGAAUUAUAAGAGUGUUUACAGAGUCUCUGGAACGUACAGCAAGUGCUGAGGAGAUUCAAGCUUUUGAAAAUGAGCUUUCCCAAGCGUCCAUUGACCCUAAAACUGGUGAUUUAGGAGAUAUUAAUGCUGAUGACCUUCCUGGAAGAGAACAUCUUGAGGAUCCCGGAACAAAAGAUGGACAGACACGGCUCAUUAAAAAUCGUGGAAAAGUAGAAGCUUAUCAGUGGAGUGUUAGUGAAGGAAGAUGGAUGAAGAUUGGUGAUGUUGUUGGUUCUUCUGGAGCCACACAACAAACAUCUGGAAAGAUUUUAUUUGAAGGAAAGGAGUAUGACUACGUUUUCAGUAUUGAUGUAGAUGAAAGUGUGUCUUCCUACAAACUGCCAUAUAAUGUCACUGAUGAUCCUUGGCUGACUGCAUACAACUUCCUGCAGCAGAAUAAUCUAAGUCCUAUGUUUCUGGAUCAGGUGGCUAAGUUUAUUAUGGACAACACUAGGGGGCAAAUGCUGACUGCAAGUGCUCAAUUGUCAGAUCCAUUUACAGGUGCUGGACGUUAUGUUCCAGGCACUUCAUCUAGAUCAAGUACAAUACCUGCGGCAGAUCCAUUUACAGGUGCUGGUCGCUAUGUUCCUGGUUCAGCAUCAAGUGUAGUAGCUCCAGUGGGUGAGGAAGAUCCAUAUACAG